AUGGGGUCCUUAAGUAGCACAAUGCUGUGUGAAGAGGAGAUAGAAGAAUUGAAGAACAUCACUGUUUUCGAUGAAAGGGAGAUAGAACACUUGUAUGAAAGGUUUCAAUUUUUAGAUAGAGAGUCUCGUGGAUAUCUCACAUAUAACGAACUGAACAAUAUUCCUGAGUUCCAAUCCAAUCCCUUUAGCCACCUAAUAAUGAAAAGCAUCGAGAAGAUGACAGACUAUGAGAAAAUGACGUUUCCCCAUUUUCUGGAGUUUCUAGGGAUUUUUUCUGAAAAGGCCAGCAAGAAAAAAAGAGUAAGAUACCUAUUCGACAUCUUCGACUUGAAUGGAGAUGGCAGGCUUUGUAGAAAUGUACUCAUCAGGGUUAACAAGAUGAUGGGUCAGGAUGGAAAGAUGGAAGAAGUUGAGAAUCUCUUAAACAUUUACGACGAAGGAGGAAAGGGAUAUCUGGACAUAUCUGACUUUACUAAGUUUUAUGAAAGCGACCCAUUGAUCGAUAAGAAUAUGAUCAUUGAUUUCUCGAAAAACCUAAAGCAACGCAGACAGGUAGGAUUUAUGCAGGUAUUGUGGCCAUCGACCUACAAAGAUGGGGAAUGA